AUGUUCAGCGUCACUACUAAUGCGUGGGAAUUUUUAACUCUAGAGCUCUGGCGAAAGGGGUUUGGGUUGGUGCUGAUUGCUGGCAUUUUAUGGGCGCUACCCAUUGUUGCCGUUUUCACCCCCGCGGCGCUGACAGUUCAACCAUCUAAGCAACUGAAUGAGACAAAACACAUUAAGCCCUUGCCCACAAUAAACUCAACUAGCCCGUAUGCGUUUGCGCAAUGGGGCAACGAAGGUGGCGGCGGAUAUGUUGCCCCUUCCGUUGCGGUCGCCCGACUGGUCUCGUCUGUGGCAUCUCAAGGAACUAUUCUUCCCAUACAGGCACCGUAUGCGAAUAGUUCAUACUCUCUAGACUUUUACGGUCCUUCUCUAUCAUGCGGACCAUUGGGGGGCAAUUCUGCAUUCCAUGCCGCUUAUGAUGAAACUUUCCAAGAAGCAUAUGGAUCAAUCUGGGGAAUGUCUAAUCAAGUAGUUACAUACUUCAGUUUUGUUCCCCAGACGGCACGAGAUAACAAAACAGGAGAUACCAUCAUCAACUGGGAGAAUAGAACAUUGAGUGGUUUGCGGGCAAUUUUCGACCCCCAAACCAUUCUUGACUUAAGUGGGAAUUUGGCCACUAUUGACGACACGGCGAGUUCCGCAGACCACCAAGCUCGCUGCCGAUUUUUCGUUGGAUUUCCAACAUACGGCUCAUUCGCAAAUAGGACUAUAGAAUGCGGGCUCUAUAAUUCGUCUUACAGCGUCGAUUUAGGAUUCGAGAACGGCAAACAGACCAUCAACAUCCGCAACCUGACAAGGCUCAACCCUGUUAGUGUUGCCACCGUAGCGGGCCAAGGCGACCAUACACUCCCUGAGGUCGCCUAUGUAUCUAUUAUGGACUCAUUGGGCGGCAUCCUAAUGGGUAAAAUUAUCGCAACGCGUUAUGGCUCCCUUCAACCAGUACGAACUCAAGUUCUGUCUACCGUACUCACCCAGGCUCACGAUAUGCAAUAUUUGCAAAAUGGUUUCGGCCAGACAGGCAUCCUGGGUGAGAAAUCUGGGAACGGCACCAAUCUCACCAUGGCAGAGACGUUGGAACAACUUGUAUCCAACAUCACCUUGAGUCUCUUCAGCAACCCAGAUCUACUGCGUAGUCUUGAUAACAGUACAACCGGAAAUGUCACGGAGUGGACUUCUCUAAAUGAAUAUUCCUAUAACCCACGCAAUCUUUACGCCGCAUACGGGACUGGUAUAUUCGCUACUUUCGCAGUUGUGCUGGUUGGACUGGCAUGCAUAGGGGCAUCAUCCACUUCGUAUAGGUCAUCAUUUUCCACCAUACUACGAACAACCCGAAAUGAAGAGCUGGACAUGUUGGUGCCCCGUGGAGAGACAAGUGGCGCGGAGCCAUUAUCAAACCAUUUAGCCAAGUCCAAUCUCAGCUUUCAGUACCAUGCCGCUGUUCAGGGUGCCAACUCAUCUUUUGACGAAAAACCAUCGGCAGCAUUUAUGGUUGUGAAGGGAGAACGUCCCAAUUAUGAGCAGUUAGACCAGAUACAGAAUCAUUCUAGUUUACGAGUUGCCAGCUGA